AAAAUGCUACAUACACCGUCUCACCUUCUCUCUCAAAAAAAAAUUCGAAGUCUCUGUCUCUCUCUCUCUCGCUCUCGCUCUCUCGUGUUUGCAAUUGCAUCACAAAGGCAUACAACGCUCAAUCGACUUCGAUUCGAACUCUGUCUCAAUUCCUCCCCACCCCAAGCUAAAAUCUCAAUCUCUUUCUCUCUCUACUCACGCUCCCAAAUUUCAGAGAGAGAGAGAGAGAGGAGUCCAUAGAUGGAUUCGGAUCAGGAAUUACCAGAGGGAACGGUACAGAACAUACUAGACCAAGAUAGUCUCAAGUGGGUUUUCGUUGGGGGCAAAGGUGGUGUUGGCAAGACCACCUGUAGCUCUAUCCUCUCGAUCCUCCUCUCUAGGGUUCGCCCCUCUGUUCUUAUUAUCUCCACCGACCCUGCUCACAAUCUCAGCGAUGCGUUUCAGCAACGCUUCACCAAAUCCCCUACUUUGAUCAACGGCUUUACCAAUUUGUACGCCAUGGAGGUAGAUCCAAACAUGGAGAAUGAAGAGGCUCUUGGCACAGAUGGAAUGGAUGGUUUUUUGUCCGAUCUAGCUAAUGCAAUUCCUGGAAUUGACGAGGCUAUGAGCUUUGCGGAGAUGCUCAAAUUAGUCCAAACAAUGGAUUAUUCUGUUAUAGUAUUUGAUACAGCUCCUACUGGACAUACUCUACGUCUAUUGCAAUUUCCAUCAACAUUGGAGAAGGGGCUUGUCAAAAUGAUGAGUUUGAAGAAUAAAUUUGGUGGCUUAAUAAGUCAGAUGACUCGUCUUUUCGGUGUUGGUGAUGAAUUUGGCGAGGAUGCAAUUCUGGGAAAGCUUGAGGGCAUGAAGGAGUUGAUUGAGCAAGUAAACAUGCAGUUCAAGGAUCCAGACUUGACAACCUUUGUUUGUGUUUGCAUUCCAGAGUUCCUCUCUCUCUACGAAACAGAGAGACUGGUGCAGGAACUCACAAAAUUUGAGAUAGAUACUCACAAUAUCAUUAUCAACCAAGUGCUCUAUGAUGAAGAAGGUGUUGAAUCUAAGUUGCUCAAAGCUAGAAUGCGGAUGCAACAAAAGUACCUCGAUCAAUUUUACAUGUUGUAUGAUGAUUUUCACAUUACUAAGCUGCCAUUGCUGCCAGAAGAGGUUUGCGGUGUAGACGCUUUGAAAUCAUUUUCACGUCAUUUUCUGUCACCAUAUCAACCUUCUGUCAACGAAGACACAGUGGAAGAGGUGGAGAGAAGAGUAUCAUCGCUGAGGGAACAGUUGACAGAAGCUGAAGCAGAGCUAGAAAGACUAAGAAAAGGAAAGCAAAAAGUCUGAUACAAGAAAUAAAAGAAAAGGUCCAACUAUACCCUGAAUGGCCAUUGUAGUCUUUUUCUUCCUUGUCCUUUUUAUUUUUAUUUUUUAUACUUUAAUAUUAAUCCCCCCAACAGGUAGGUGUUUUUGUUUCCAAUAGACUGCCAGAGAAGUCAAUUAUUUAUUUUCUGCUCCAUCUCUGUUUGGAGAGUUGUAUUCUCAUUCAUGAAAACCUUUUGCCUUUUCGUUGAAUUUCAGGUAAUUGAUAAUUAUCAUGUAUUUGUUAAUAUCAAAGUGAUGUCACAAAUAAAUGAAAUUUAUUGGUCGUACAAGCAUGGUCUA